UCCAGGCUCUGCAGCCCCUCCUCUCUCGGCCUCCGCCACGGGGCUGGCGCCUCCCCGCGUCGCCCGGACGGUCUCGUGCAGGCGGCUGCGGACGCUGGUGGCCGCCGGAGCUGCAAGAGACCCGCGCAUCGCGGGGACUCAGGGUCGGCCAGGGAACAGCGACCUGCCUUCCCCAGCAGCCAGGCUGUGCUGGGCAAGAUGGGGCCCGGCUCUCCGCGCGCGCUCGUCCUUCUCCUGCUGCUCCUCGCCCGCCCCGGAGCGCGGGCUUCCCAGAGCUGUCUCAAUAAACAGCAGCUCCUGACAACCAUCCGCCAGUUGCAGCAGCUGCUGAAGGGCCAGGAGACCCGCUUCGCUGAAGGCAUCAGAAACAUGAAGAGUCGGCUGGCUGCGCUGCAAAACACUGUGAGCAAAGUCGCCCCAGAUGCGCCUCCAGUUUCCUGCCCUGCUCUGGACGCCCCUCCCGAUGGCAAGAAGUUCGGAAGCAAGUACUUGGUGGACCAUGAAGUCCAUUUUACCUGCAACCCUGGGUUCCGGCUGGUUGGUCCCAGCAGUGUGGUGUGUCUUGCUAAUGGCACCUGGACUGGAGAAAAGCCCCAUUGCAGAGACAUCAGGGCAUGCUCCAGCCAGCCUUGUCACAACGGUGGGACGUGUGUGGAAGGAGUCAACCAGUACAGAUGCAUCUGUCCUCCAGGAAAAACUGGGAACCGCUGUCAGCAUCAGACCCAGGCUGCGGCCCCCGAGGGCGGCGUGGCCGGCGACCCCGCCUUCAGCCGCGCGCCGCGCUGCGCGCAGGUGGAGCAGGAGCAGCACUGCAGCUGCGAGGCGGGAUUCCACUUGAGCCGCAUGGCCGGCGGCGACAGCGUCUGCCAGGAUGUGAAUGAGUGUGAGAUCUACGGGCAGGAAGGACGCCCCCGGCUCUGUAUGCACGCCUGUGAGAACACCCCUGGCUCCUACCGCUGUACCUGCCCCAGUGGAUACCGGAUCCUGGCUGAUGGGAAGAGCUGUGAGGAUGUUGAUGAGUGUGUGGGUCCACAGUCCAUGUGCCCCCAAGGGACCACAUGCAUCAAUACUGGAGGAGGUUUCCAGUGUGUCAGCCCCGAGUGCCCCGAGGGCAGCGGCAACAUAAGCUACGUGAAGACAUCUCCCUUCCAGUGUGAGCGAAGCCCCUGUCCCAUGGAUAGCAGGCCAUGUCGCCACCUGCCGAAGACCAUCUCCUUCCAUUACCUCUCUCUACCUUCCAACCUGAAGACACCCAUCACACUCUUCCGCAUGGCCACAGCCUCAGUUCCUGGCCAUCCUGGGCCCAACAGCCUGCGCUUUGGAAUUGUGGGUGGGAACAGCCGUGGCCACUUCGUAAUGCAGCGCUCAGACCGACAGACAGGGGAGCUCAUCCUUACACAGACCCUGGAGGGGCCUCAGACUCUGGAGGUAGAUGUUGACAUGUCAGAAUACCUGGAACGCUCCUUCCAGGCCAACCAUGUAUCCAAGGUCACCAUCUUUGUGUCUCGCUAUGACUUCUAAGGAUGCCAUGGCAGUCGGGGGACUGAGAUUUGAGAUCUGGGCUGAUUUCUCUUUCCCAAGGACACAACUGUAGGCAAGAGCUGCAAUGGUCAUUUCUCCUCUCUGUCAUGUUCCCAUCUACUUGGCCUGUUCACCCAGGCUGUUAGAGCAAUGUACUGUGCUCUGUCUCACGGGCUGGCACAGGGAAGCCAGAAAACAAACACUGUACCACCAUCACACUUCUUUUUUUUCUCUGCUUUAAGCCCCACUGUAGUUACCCGCUUUGGAGACAGAACAGACUCUCAGAAUGCUGUGUGAAUGACUGUGUGAGUUUGAAAUGAGCUGAGGUGGGGGAGGAGCUCGUAGUGCGUGUCUGAGACAAUGGCCAACUGUUCUGUGUUGAGGUUGCCAAGCUUGUUCUGACUGAGUAUGUUCUCACUCUGUUAAUGGUCUAAUACCCCUGUGAGCCUUCUUCUCAGGGGCAAAUAGGAGAGAGAGCCUGGUAACCCCAAGUGGAUCCUUCUAGAUCAAGGAGUCAACAUUAAAUCAUGGAUUCUGCCA